AUGAGGAAGCCCAGUUCUGAUAUCAAAGACUUGAACAAAGGAGCUUGGUCCAAACAAGAGGACCAGAAACUCAUAGAUUAUAUCAACAAACACGGCGAGGUUUGUUGGCGUACACUCCCUAAGGCUGCAGGUUUACUUCGCUGUGGUAAAAGUUGUAGGCUGAGAUGGAUAAACUAUCUACGGCCAGACCUUAAAAGAGGCAACUUUGCUGAAGAUGAAGAAGAUCUCAUCAUCAAGCUUCACGCGCUACUUGGCAACCGGUGGUCACUAAUAGCUGGGAGAUUGCCUGGACGUACAGAUAAUGAAGUGAAGAACUAUUGGAAUUCUCACAUAAAAAGAAAGCUGAUUAGCAAAGGUAUUGAUCCAAAUAAUCAUCGAUUAGAUCAUAAAGUCCCUUUCCUUCAGAAUCCUCUCAUGUCUGAUGAUAGUUCAGAACCCUUUGGCACGAAAGACGUCGAUAAGAACGAGCCAAGUAAAUCACCUCGGCAUGUUUACCAUUGUGGUGAAGUCUCGGAUGAUGCAAGUGGCGAGGCUCAGUCCUCAUGUGCCCUUCCCGAUUUAAACCUUGAUCUCUCUAUCGCCAUUCCUUCACCUUCACACAGUACUUCUGUAAACAAUCUAAAACCUUCUCACCAAUCUUAUUCGUCCAGAAAACUCUCUUUUGAUUCUCCUUCAACACUUCUUCUGUUUCAGUAA